CAAAGCUCAAUGCUAUACUCAAAUGUAUUACACAGCAAAUUCUCGUCACCUUAUGACAAGUUGAUUGGCUCUAUGCAAGAAGAGUGAAGAGACUAUGAUACGACUCUCAUGUUUAUUAUGGGAACGUUGUAUUCUAAAUUCAGAAAGCAGACCAAACUAGAAAAAAUUCUGGAAAUCACCACAAUAAUUCAAUCAAAGCUCACCCAUUGCACAAAAGCUGAGACCUCUCGUAUAUUGAGACACCUAAGCUGCCAAGUUAGAGUACAAGACAUCUUCAGGCUAUCCUACCUAAGGGAAGAAUCAAGAAUCCUUCACUCAAAGGAGCCUUCAACUAAGAGAGUUGAAAAGAGCAUUCACAAGAAAACUCUGGGUCUUUCAAAAGAUCUGUCAAAACCAACAUUUUCCUCAAGACUCAAGUCUCGCAAGCCUACUAAAUCUAAUAUGAAGAAGAGGAUUGAGAAGUCUCCUGCGGUUUCUCCUCAAAAGACCUUAAAUGCCAAGAUCCAUCACGAAAAGGCCAUCCUUGAAACCUCAGAUAACAGAAAGACUGAAAGCAAGAUGGCUGAAACUAAGGGAAAAGAAAAAAUUAAGAGAGUCCAAGAAGCCAUCCGUCUAGUCAGAAGUUUCUAUAAUGAGGCAAAUUCAGCCGCAGAAUGCACAAAAGAGUCUUCUAUGGAAGAGGAGAAGGAACCUGUCCUAAUGAAGGCCCAAUCUCCUGCCUUAAUGAAGAGUUCGAAAGAAGAAGAAAAAGUUGGAGUUACAGAAACUCCUACAUUCAAUAAUGAUUCAAACAGAAAUUUCUCAGACUGUCCCAUUUGUUAUGACAGCAUCGAAAUCAAAGACUUAGUACUGACUGAGUGUGGCCACAUGUAUCACGCUGAGUGCUUCGAGAUGUACAUUAGGUCGAAGGUAGAAGUCAAGGCUUUCCCUAUCAACUGCCCUUCUCUUGGCUGUAUGAAGAAACUUCCAGAGUCCGACAUUAGAGAAGUCUGUGAUGAAAAGUUGUAUCAGAAAUAUGAAAGGUUUGAGUUUGAACAUUUUGUUGAACAAAACCCAGACCUCUACCACUUCUGUCCUACCCCUGACUGCCAAUAUGUCUUCGAAUGAGACAUCACGACUGGGCCAUACAAGCAUGAUUGUAAAAUGUGCUCGGAGACAUAUUGUUUAAAGUGCAAAGAAAAAUGGCAUCAAGGUCUAACCUGAGAAGAGCUCAAAGAAAUCAAGGAGAGCUCUCCAGAAGAUUAUGAUGUGAUAAAAGUAAUAAGAGGGUCACUGUUCCAACGAUGCACCAAAUGCAGGUUCUGGGUUGAGAAAUCAGAAGGAUGCAACCACAUCACCUGCCGAUGUGGAUACGAAUUCUGCUACAUAUGCGGUGAAAAAUACCAAACAUGCUCUCACACUGGCUAAUAAGAUCAAUGAAUCAAUUAAUUAUUUAUAAUUUC